CAACGGAUACGGAUAUUUUUUAAAUAUUCAUGCGUAAUUGUGGUAUUAUAAAUUUGGAUUAACCGUGGAUUCUUCUUUUUUAUAAACGAGAUUCCCCGUGCCGUCGUAAACGGAGUAAUUAUUAAAUAAUCAAAUUUACAGUUACCCGAAAUAUACAUUGAGACCGUGACGAAGUAUAACGAAUAACAGGAAUGAUAAAUCCGUAAAAUGAGGUAUGAUUGAAGUAUUUGAGAAAGUGGAGAGAAUUUUUGAAUCACCGACAGUCCAAAUUCGAGAAAAAAAAAUGGACAGAGUUCUGAUUUCGCUGUUUGCAUUAUCCGGAUUGCUGAUUCUAUGUGGAGAGGGGGAGGGGCGUUACACAGAGGGACUCAACGUCAACUUGGGUGAGGCCCUUCAAUUUUUACGGGAAUAUGAUCGCGAAGCUUCCAAUAUCUGCACGAGGACCAUGAUGGUACAGUGGAAUUUCGCGACGAAUAUCACGGAUUAUAACAGAAGAAAAAUGUUGGAGGAGCAAACGUUGAAGCUGAAGUUCGAGAGGUCCUCGUGGAAGAAGGCCGUGAGUUUCGCUUGGACAAGGAUUCCAGACCCAUUAACCAGGAGACAACUCAAGAUGAUCGCAGUCAAAGGAAGAAACUCGUUGACCGAAGACAAAUUUAAUGAGAUCCAUCACUUGAUCGUGGAGAUGAAGGAAUCGUACACCAGAGCUCGACUGUGUCCUUACAAGAAGAUGGGGACAGCCUGUGACCUCGACAUGGAUCACGAUGUGAACAAGAUAAUGGCAAAAUCGAGAGAUUACGAGGAACUCCUGCACUACUGGAGGGCAUGGCAGGAGGCGGUGGGGCCUCCCCUGAAGAACAAGUACAUGAGGUACGUGCAGUUGGCUAAUCAGGCUGCAAGGUUGAAUGGCUUCUCCGACGCUGGGGACCAGAUGAGAGAGGCCUACGAGGACGAUUACUUCCAGCAGAACAUCGCUGAAGUCGUUUCAGCAAUCACUCCCCUGUACAAACACCUCUUCACGUACGUCAGGAGUAAAUUGAUCGAGAGAUAUGGUGACAGAGUGAGAGCUGAUGGCCCUCUGCCUGCCCAUUUACUGGGCAACAUGUGGGCACAGAAUUGGGAAGGGAUUUAUGACCUAGUGGAGCCAUUUCCAGCUGCUAGGAGAUUCGAUGUCACCCUGGAUAUGAUUAUCCAAGGAUUCACUCCGUUGAGAAUGUUUCAAACCGCAGAAGAAUUUUUCACAUCCCUCGGGAUGAAGCCGAUGCCCCCGGAAUUCUGGAGAUACUCAAUGUUCGAAAAACCAAUCGAUCGAGACGUUAAAUGUACACCGAGUGCUUGGGAUUUUUGCAAUCGAAUUGAUUACAGAAUUAAACAGUGUACGAGGGUUACAAUGGAGGAUCUAUUAUCAACCCACCAUGAGAUGGCGCACAUCGAAUAUUAUCAACAGUACAAAGAUCAACCUCUGAUUUUUCGAAAUGAAGCUCUACCUGGAUUCCAUGAGGCAGUCAGUGAUGCUGUGGAGCUGUCUGUCAUGAAUCCGAGGCAUUUGCAGAGAAUCGGGCUCUAUAAUAAUUCCACCGAGGAUUACGAAAGCAAUAUCAACUUCCUGAUGCUCAUGGCUUUGCGCAAAGUGGCGUAUCUGCCAUUUGCUUACAUCGUUGAUCAGUGGCGAUGGAGAGUAUUCAGUGAAGGCGUUACGGAUAUGACGACUCGGUGGUGGGAGUUGAGGCUUCAGUACCAGGGGGUUGUACCCCCCAUUGCGAGGAUCGAAAGGGAUUUCGAUCCUGCAUCGAAAUAUCAUAUCCCAGCUGAUAUUCCUUACGCUAAAUAUUUCGUUGGAUCAGUCAUGCAAUUCCAAUUGUACGAAUCCCUUUGUGAUAUUUCUGGACAUAACGGUGAUUUACAUUUAUGUGAUCUGUAUCGAUCUAGAGAGGCAGGACGAUUACUCUCUGAUCUUCUUUCGCAAGGCUCUUCACGGCCUUGGCAGGACAUUGUCAGAGAAAUGACACGUGGAAGAACAAAUAGAAUAGAUGCUGCUGCAUUAAUGAGGUACUUCGAUCCACUUUAUAAAUGGCUGCAACGAAAAAAUGUCAUGGAACCCGUGCUUGGAUGGAUUACGAAUCAAGAUGAUACAGCUCUUUUUGCCCACUGGUACGGAGGCUCUGGACCCAAGGUCACUUGUUAUCAUUAUCUUAUCAUAAUUUCCAUCUCGAUAUGCCUCAUGAUAAUCCGAUAAUACCGACGGAGAGUGGACA